AUGGCAGCUGAAAGCUAUACACCUUUAGUUGAUAUUAAGGUGAGGUCAGAUGACAUUAGGGCAUGUAGUUUCUCAUCAUGGUACGAUAAGUUCAAAAAAUAUACACCAAAGGCUAAGAUUAUUCAACCGCUGCCCGAGGAAUUUCUACGAUAUUUGGCUCAGGACGGGAUAAGGCUUUCUUUGGAAGAGAAUGACUCUACGUAUAAUGAUCAUUGCUUAAAGCGUGACGAUGAUAACGAGUACAGUGAUUGGGAGGCAGACGACGAUGGUGAUAAUGAUUCUGACUCAGACGAUGAUAAAAAUGGGAAAGAAGAAGAGAUGGUUCCUAUGGUUAAUUUCCCCGAUCUUCAUAGAGAGAUUGCUGAAGUGAUUGGUGAGUAUGGCGCAGUCACGCCGAAACUCAACUGGUCUGCUCCAAGAGAUGCUACUUGGAUUUUGCCCAAUAAUACUUCCAAAUGUAUGAAUGUGAAUGACAUUUAUCUUUUACUAAAUGCGUCUAACUAUAUCGCAUACGAUUUGGAUCAUGCGUUUGAUGAAUGUGAGGAUAGGGACAAUUCGGACAAUCAGUCUAUCCAGUUUGAACUAGUAUUAAGGAAAUGGUUUGACAUAAACCCUGCGCUGGAAUUUAGGGUGUUCGUCAGAGAUUCUGAAAUUUGGGGAAUAUCACAAAGGGAUUUGAAUUAUUAUAAUUAUUUGGAACCUUUACAGGAUACAUUCACGAACCUUAUCGAGGAAUUCGUUUAUGAUAUCGUGCUACCCAAUUUCGACCUAAAGUCUUUUGUGUUGGAUGUAUAUUUACCCAGACCCUUUGAAUCAUGUUGGCUGAUAGAUAUAAAUCCUUGGUCAAGAACUACAGACCCGUUACUUUUCUCCUGGAACGAGUUGGCUUCGAAAGAUUUAGAUUCCGAUGCCAGUCCUGAAAUUAGACUCAUCACAGAACACAAUAUGGGUAGAUUCGUCACCAAAGAGCAUUCAGAGAACCAAGUACCCAAAGAUGUAGUUCAAGCUAGUUUAGAUCCCGAGUCAAUGAGAGAACUAACAUAUAAAUGGAAAGAGAUCCUUAAGAUGCAAGAAGCGGAGAGCGAUAGUGAUAGCAAUUAA